UUUAUAAGCAAUUAUCCGUUCGUUGUUAUCUUCCUUUCUCACUCUCUCUGUCUUGCAUCGCAUCAAGAUCCCUCUUGGCAGAGGAAGUAGGAAAUUCCAUUCGCUACUGAUGAAUUGAUGAUUCUUCUAUGAUUUCAUCUUCAUUUGAACGUUUCUGCUGCAGACAUUAAAUUCAGGGUAACCCUCGAGAUUUUGGAGGAGGAAUCUCUCGAGAAAGAUCCAAGUGGACUGCUAAUUUUUCAUCCCUGCAAAAUAACAAAAUCAAGGCGGUUUUUAGGGUUUCUUAGCAGAAGCUCAAGAGAGAGGCGGCGCCGGCUAAUCGAUGCCGGAAUCGUAUCGUCUUCCAUGUCGGUACUUAAAUUGCAGCUCUGCCCGUUUCUGCAUAUUCAUCCAUCAAGUCUUCUUCUGCGCCUGAAAAGUCAGUGAAUUUCCGAACUGGGUUUCUGCUUUUCUCCGCCUCUUUUAGUUCUCCGUUUCAUUUUGUAGUUAGAAGCUAGCGAUCAAGAAUGAAUCACUGUGUUCCCGAUUUUGAAUUAGAGGAGGAAGAGUUGAACUUGGACCCAACACCCUCGGGAUUACCCCGGCAGAGGAAGUCGAAACAUCCAGAGGAAGAAGAGCUGGUGGAGCUGGUAUGGCAGAACGGUCAGGUCGUUAUGCAGAGCCAGAGCCAUGCCCAGAGAUCUCCCAAAAAAUAUUCACAGAGAGAGACAAUCUUGGACGUCCGAUCGUGUGUUCCGGCGGCAGAGGAAGACUCAUCUCGUCACCUGUACAUGCAGGAAGACGAGAUGGUUUCAUGGAUGCAGUACCCUUAUCCUCUCGACGAUUCUUUCGACCGAGACUUCUGUGCUGAUCUCCUCUACACUUCCCCGACCAGAAACUUCAGCCAUUCGAGUCGGGUUACUCAGAUUCCGGAAGAAAAUAAGCCUCCGCCUCCGCCAGCUGCUCCACGGCCCCCGCCGCCAAUACCUCUUGCUAGGGAAGCGGAACAUUCCCCGAGAAAUAAAUCUCGGCCGUCCGUUUUGGAUAAGGUAGCGAGAGAAAUGACGGUUAUGGAUUCGAACGAGACGCCGGCAGUGGGAUCAGGUUCGGGAUCUCGGGUUUCAAUUGGUGUGAGAAGUUCGGCGCCGGUUUCUAGCGGUAACUUCGAGUGCGUGAGUAUGGCCGGCGAUGUGGCGACGACGGAUGUGGUGAGAGAGUUGAACUACGAGACCACCGUGACUUCAUCUUCCGCCGUCUCCGGUGGUAGUGCAGAGCAGUUAGUGAAGCCCCCGACGGUCGACCGUAAACGGAAAGGGAGAGAAGUAGAAGACACUGAAUGCCACAGCGAGGAUGUGGAAUCCGUGGAUGAAAAGAAACAAGCUCGUGGGUCAACUUCAGCUAGAAGAGCUCGUGCGGCCGAGGUCCACAAUCUCUCAGAGAGGAGGCGUCGAGAUAGGAUAAAUGAGAAGAUGAGGGCUUUGCAAGAACUCAUACCUCGAUGCAACAAGUCAGACAAAGCUUCAAUGCUGGAUGAAGCAAUAGAGUACUUGAAGUCUUUGCAAUUACAGGUUCAGAUGAUGUCCAUGGGAUGCAGCAUGGUUCCUAUGAUGUUCCCCGGUGUCCAGCACUUCAUGCCUCCGAUGGGGAUAGGACUAGGGAUGGGGAUGGGUAUGGGCAUGGAUAUGGGUAUGAGCAGACCAAUGCUGCCAUUUCCUCCGGUAUUAGCUGGCUCAGCCAUGCCUAACCCAGCUGCAGCCGCACAUCUUAGUCCAAGUCUCCCUUUGCCUCCAUUUUAUCUAUCUGCUGUAUCUACUCCUGAUCCAUCCAGAAUGCAAGCAGCACCAAACCAGUCAGAUUCAGCAAUGAACUCACUUGGCAUCCAGAAUCUCAACCAACAUCAGAUCCCGAGUUUUGCUAAUCCAUAUCAACACUACAUUUCCCUCCACCAGAUGCAAGUAUCACCUCAGGUUCAAGCCAUUGCCCGGCCAAGCACCAGUAAGGGAGUUGAUACUCCUGAAAAUCAUCAGUCUGGUUGAAAUAUUGGGCAGAUAGGUAGUGGAACUGUAGAAGGCACUGCCUGUGAAGUUUUGUAGACAGGGAGAGAGAGAGAGAGAGCAGUUCUUCUUGAGAGUCACUCUCAACUGACCAUACAAAUUUAAUGCGGCUAACCUGUAAUUAUUGUUUUUCUCCUUUAUUAUCCAUGUGAAUUUAUUUUCUUUUCAGUGAUCUAGUUGUAUAAGUUUUGCUUGAUGAUCAUGAGGGAGUUUUGGGUGGUUCCAAAAUUAAAAGGGCAAUGUCAGUUUCAGUACAUCUACUGAGGAAGGGUGAGUUAUGGUGACGGUUUUGGUCAAAAUUGCAGUUAUUUGCUUGCAACUUGAAAGUGUAACCAGAGAGAGAGAGAGAUGCACAAUGCAGAGCUCAACUUUUCUCUUUUCUCCA